AUGAUCUGCCAGAUGCUUUUCUCCGCCGAAGAUGACGAAACCCCCCGCAAGGCCUUCCAGAGGGUGGAGAGCGUCGAGAAGAGCGAGGCGAGCCUUCAGCAAGAGGUGGCCACCGAUUCGAAACGCAUGAGCCAGUUGGAGGAGGCCCUGCACAAGGCAGAGACGAAGGAAGCGGAGGUCGAGAAGGAGAACUCGGAGCUCAAGCACGAGUUGGAGGAGCAGGUGGCCUCCAGCAAGAAGGCGGCUGCCCGGCUGGAUGCGCUUGAGGCCCCGCUGCGGCUGCGUCGGACGGUGGACUCGAUCCUAAGCCCGUAA